AUGUUGAGGCGGGCCUCUCUGCAAGCUCUACGCCACCUGCGGCCAAAAGGGGGCCACGGCUGGCCGGGGGGGUCGUUCUGGUCGGAGGGCACACAGACGGGGCGCAAUGGCUACCUCUUUGGCGAGUCGCCGCCGCCGCCCGGCCAGAAGCGCAAGUGGGAGAGCUGGGAGUUCAUGACGUACACCUCGUUUGGCAUCGCCGCGAUGAUGGCCUGGUUCAUCGCCCACGGCCCCGACAACACGCUGCAGGCCUGGGCGCUGCCCCACGCGCUGAAGGAGCUGGAGGAGGAGGACGCGAUCUUCGAAGCCAUCAUCAACAGCGUCAGCGGCACCCGCGACAGUGCCAGCAGCAGCAGCGCUGGCGGUGGCCACAGCAGGCUGCAGGAGCAGGUCUGCCAGCUGCAGCAGCUUCAGGUUCAGGGAAGGCAGGAGCAGCGGCAACAGCGGCAGCAGCGGCAGCAGCGGCUGCAGCGGCAGCAGCACGGGGCAAUAUCUGCGGCAACAGGGCGCUUUCUUACGACGGGGCGGGGUUGCGGCCAGGGCAAGCGCAAGCAUGACGCCGAGCUGCGCGCUGAGAAGACCGCCUUGCUCCGCGCCGCGGGCAAGGACCCGGACAGGUACUACGACGCAGUGCUGAUGCGCAACGAGUUUGAGGUGCUGCAGGCCCAGCAUGGCAACGCGUGA